AAAAAUUUUCAUUUCGGUUUCGGUUUCGGUUUCUGCUCGACAAAGUUUGCAGUUGCGAAGCGUCACUGGCGGAAGCAAUUCGAUAGUCGAUUUCUUGAGCUUUCUGUUUGGCUCCUUCACUGCCGUUAUCAGUAGUAGCAAGCUAAAAACUUUUAAUCCACAGAGGAAUUUCGUCGAGCAAAUGGUGUGCACUUUUUAACUCAAUGUUCUAUACAACCAGCUACACUUCCGCAUCAGUUCUGCUUGACCUGGUAAAAGAAAGCAGGCAGUAGAACGAUGCCUCUAUUUAUUCCCGUGUUAGAAUGCCGAAUCCCAAGCUAUUAAGAAGCUUCUUCCUCGUUAAUUACAUCACUAACAAUCACACAAAACCCUCCACUUCCUUCUUCUCUCGCCGCCUUUUCUCCAACUACGCUGCUGAGCAGUUCUCUGACGAUGAGUAUGAGUGCGAUUUCGAGACCCACAAGGCUUCUUCUUCCGUGGCCAAUAUUGACGAGUGGAAAUGGAAGCUCAGCUUGCUAUUGCGCAGCGAAACUGACCAGGAAAUUGUGUCCAGAGAUAGGAAGGAUAGAAGGGAUUAUGAGCAGAUUUCUAAUCUUGCUAAAAGGAUGGGACUUUACAGUGAAAUGUAUGGAAAAGUGGUGGUUGCUUGCAAGGUUCCACUUCCUAACUACAGGCCAGAUUUGGAUGACAAGCGGCCUCAAAGAGAGGUGGUCAUUCCGCUAAGCUUACAGAGGAGGGUAGAGAGUUUACUUCAGGAACAUCUUGACAGAGCUCGACUUAAUUGUGGAGAAGUUGCUGAUGGUGCACCUGAUGCUACAGUUGUUGAUAAAGCUGAAGAGGUUGAUCGAGAUGAAAAUUCAGAGUCUUUCUUAGAUGGCUCUGUUAUGGAGAAGGUUCUUCAGAGAAGGAGUUUGAAGAUGCGUAAUAUGCAGAGAGCUUGGCAGGAGUCUCCUGAAGGCCGGAGGUUGACGGACUUCCGCAAAUCUCUACCAGCAUUUAAGGAAAGGGACAAACUGCUCCAAGCAAUUGCCAGGAAUCAGGUUAUAGUAGUAUCCGGGGAGACUGGAUGUGGCAAAACAACUCAACUUCCUCAAUUUAUUUUGGAGUCAGAAAUAGAAUCUGGGCGUGGGGCAUUCUGCAGUAUUAUUUGCACACAGCCUCGAAGAAUAUCUGCCAUGGCUGUUGCAGACAGGGUGUCUGCAGAGAGAGGAGAGCCUCUUGGAGAAACGGUUGGAUACAAAGUUCGACUGGAGGGUAUGAAAGGAAAAAACACGCAUUUACUUUUCUGUACCAGUGGAAUUUUACUUAGACGGAUGCUAAGUGAUAGAAACUUGAGUGGUAUAACCCAUGUUUUUGUCGAUGAAAUUCAUGAGCGAGGCAUGAAUGAAGACUUUCUAUUGAUUGUACUCAAGGAUCUUCUUCCACGCCGUCAGGAUUUGAGACUGAUUCUAAUGAGUGCCACUUUGAAUGCGGAACUGUUUUCCAACUAUUUUGGCGAUGCACCAAAAAUUCAUAUUCCUGGAUUUACAUAUCCAGUGAGGUCGCAUUUUUUAGAAGAUGUGCUGGAAAUGACUGGUUAUAAGUUAACAUCAUUUAAUCAGAUUGAUGAUUAUGGACAAGACAAAAUGUGGAAAACACAGAGGCAGCUUGCACCACGAAAAAGGAAAAACCAGAUUACUACUCUUGUUGAGGAUGCUCUAAAUAAAUCAAGUUUUGAGAGUUAUAGCUCCAAGGCACGUGAUUCAUUGGCAUGCUGGAUGCCUGAUUGCAUAGGAUUUAACCUUAUUGAGGCAGUUCUCUGCCAAAUAUGUAGGAAGGAACGGCCUGGUGCUGUCUUGGUAUUCAUGACUGGUUGGGAGGAUAUUAGCUGUUUGAGGGAUCAACUUAAAGCUCAUCCUCUUUUGGGAGAUCCUAACAGGGUUCUGCUUUUAACAUGUCAUGGUUCUAUGGCAACCUCUGAACAGAAACUCAUAUUUGAGAGACCUUCUUCCAAUGUACGUAAAAUAGUUCUUGCCACAAAUAUGGCAGAGGCAAGCAUCACAAUAAAUGACGUAGUCUUUGUGGUUGAUUGUGGAAAAGCAAAAGAGACCACUUAUGAUGCUUUGAACAAUACACCUUGUCUGCUGCCAUCAUGGAUAUCACAAGCCUCUGCUCGACAAAGAAGAGGCAGAGCUGGUCGAGUGCAGCCAGGUGAAUGUUAUCAUCUCUACCCUAAAUGUGUAUAUGAAGCUUUUGCUGAAUAUCAACUCCCUGAACUUCUGAGAACUCCCUUGAACUCUCUUUGCUUGCAAAUAAAAAGUUUACAGGUUAAAAGUAUAGCAGAAUUCUUGUCAGCUGCUCUCCAGCCACCUGAACCAUUGACGGUCCAAAAUGCCAUUGAUUUUCUGAAGAUGAUCGGUGCAUUAGAUGAGAAAGAAAAUUUGACUAAUCUUGGGAAAUACUUAUCAAUGCUACCAGUAGAUCCCAAGCUUGGGAAAAUGCUAAUCAUGGGUGCUAUCUUUCGUUGCUUUGACCCUGUAUUGACAAUAGUAUCUGGUCUAAGUGUCCGGGAUCCUUUCCUUCUUCCUCAAGAGAAAAAAGAUUUGGCUGGAACGGCAAAGUCUAGAUUUUCUGCAAAGGAUUACAGCGAUCACAUGGCUCUCGUCCGUGCAUAUGAGGGAUGGAAAGAUGCAGAAAGAGAAGGGUCAGCAUAUGAAUACUGCUGGAGAAAUUUUCUCUCAGCACAAACUCUUCAAGCAAUCCAUUCUCUAAGGAAGCAGUUUAAUUUCAUUUUAAAAGAUGCUGGGUUAGUAGAUGCCGAUGCUGGCAUCAACAACAAAUUAAGUCACAACCAGUCAUUGGUUCGUGCAAUCAUAUGCUCUGGCCUCUAUCCCGGCAUAGCAUCAGUAGUGCACCGAGAAACAUCUAUGUCUUUCAAGACUAUGGGUGAUGGUCAAGUUCUACUAUACGCGAAUUCUGUGAAUGCACGCUAUCCAACGAUUCCUUACCCAUGGCUGGUCUUUGGUGAAAAAGUCAAAGUUAAUACAGUUUUUAUACGUGAUUCAACUGGUGUAUCUGAUUCAAUACUGAUCCUUUUCGGCGGCGCUCUUAGUUGUGGUGCACAGGCUGGGCAUUUGAAAAUGUUGGACGGUUAUGUUGAUUUUUUCAUGGAUCCUAAUUUGGCCGAGUGCUAUUUAAACCUAAAAGAAGAACUGGAUAAGGUCAUUCAAAGGAAGCUGCAAGAUCCUAACCUUGACAUUCUCAAGGAAGCCAAGUAUGUGAUGCUUGCUGUUCAAGAGCUGGUAUCGGGGGAUCAAUGCGAAGGGAGAUUUGUGUUUAGACGUGAAAGCAAGAAGCCUAAGGAGUCGAAUGAAAGCAGAUUCAGCAAAGACGGAACAAAUCCAAAAAGCUUGCUGCAAACUCUUUUGAUGAGAGCUGGACACUCCCCUCCAAAGUACAAAACAAAACACCUCAAGACAAAUGAGUUUCGGGCAUUGGUCGAGUUCAAGGGAAUGCAGUUUGUCGGUAAACCCAAGAGGAACAAACAAUUGGCCGAGAGAGAUGCUGCGAUUGAGGCACUCGCCUGGUUGACUCACACCAAUGACCGUGACGACACCUCCCAUCCUGAUGUCACUGAAAACAUGUUAAAACUUCUUGGAAAACGUCCAAGAUGUAAGCGUAACAGCGGUUAAUCAACAUAUAUGACUCUUCAGAAAUAGUUAGUGCAAUGAAGAUUUCAGCUCACUAUGGACCUGCAUAAGUUAUGGGCAACAAAAACUCAAAAUUAUAGAGUUUUAUUGAUCUCAAAUUUUGCAGGCAGUGAAUUAGAAAUGCAGGUCUACAUAAUUAUACUUUUGUUGAUGUCAAUUUAGUAUGUAAAAUAUCCAUUUUAGUCUCUGUAUUUGUAAUCUAUGAGCUUUUUAUUUUUU